GGGUGCAGAAAUUUUUUUUUGGGCCCUCCCCGCCAUGAGCUCCUACGUAGCCAAUUCAUUCUAUAAGCAGAGCCCCAAUAUCCCUGCCUAUAACAUGCAAACUUGUGGGAACUAUGGAUCGGCCUCAGAGGUGCAGGCAUCCAGGUACUGCUACGGUGGAUUGGACUUAAGCAUCACUUUCCCACCGCCUGCGCCUUCCAACUCUCUCCACGGGGUAGACAUGGCUGCCAACCCCCGGGCUCACCCCGACCGCCCCGCCUGCAGCGCCGCGGCCGCUCCGGGACACGCUCUGGGCAGAGAUGAAGCGGCUCCUCUGAACCCCGGGAUGUACAGUCAGAAGGCGGCUCGCCCAGCGCUGGAGGAGCGAGCUAAGAGCAGUGGGGAGAUCAAAGAGGAGCAGGCGCAGACAGGGCAGCCCGCCGGACUGAGCCAGCCACCGGCCCCGCCACAGAUUUACCCGUGGAUGACCAAACUGCACAUGAGCCACGAGACGGACGGCAAGCGGUCCCGAACCAGUUACACGCGCUACCAGACUCUGGAACUGGAAAAAGAAUUCCACUUUAACCGCUACCUCACUCGCCGCAGGCGCAUAGAGAUCGCCAACAACUUGUGUCUCAACGAGAGACAGAUCAAGAUUUGGUUCCAGAACCGCAGGAUGAAGUGGAAGAAAGAUUCCAAAAUGAAAAGCAAAGAGGCUCUUUAGAGGCAGCGGGGAGGCCCGCAGAUAGCGCCCGGAGCCCGCUUUGGUCCCCGCGCCUUUCCUUUUCGGUUUUCCUCUCUCUGUAUUUUGGGGCAAGGGCGGGGGCUGCAGCACCGGCUCCGGGGCCUCACAGACAAAAGCGCUUUCCCUUGGCAUUCCGCAUCCCCACCGACCCCAGGUUCCUGCGGGGCUGUCCGCGCCGCGCGGACUCCCCUCAGUUCUGCUCAGCACCGGAGGUGGGGGGGGCCAGGGCAAGCUCCGCGGGGGCUCCCCAGAGGGCUGUGGGAGACGGGCUGGUGCUGAACAAACCGGGCCUGGGCCGCCUCUUAGGCUCCCAGCCCCAGAACGGCCGGCGGGAAUUAAGGGGGGGUCCUGCGGGGGCUCCGGGCCCCACGCCCCGACCCUCCGGCCUCCCCUGUCCUUUGUUCCCGGCUUAGGCUGGCCAGGCGGCUGAGGGCUGGCGAGAGUGGCUAUGCUUGGGGGAGUCCGGCGCCAGACUCGGGGUGCUUCUUUGUAGCGACUAAACUCCAUGUUCGGUUUUUUAAUGAUUUGCAUAUGAAAUGGGAGGAGAUGACUGAAGGUCCGCCUAGGGCCCCCUUGGUGGCCCUAGGCUCUCCAAACCUUCUCACCCAUCCCUAAGCCCCGUAACCUCUCCAGCCUGCACCCUCUGCAUGCCUUCUCAGGCCCCUCUGCCUCAGACCACUAGCUAGCUCAACCAUGGGGGUUCCCUGCCACUGGACCCCAGCAAGCAGUCCUAGAGGUUCCUGGCUGCCCACUAGUCCCUGCCACGACUCUCUGUGCCCUCCUGCCCCAUCACUGUUGUCCAACUAUUUAUUGACUCCAGGUCUUUCCUGAAACUAUAUUUUGUCAUAUCAAAUAAAGACAAAGAGAGAACAGGACUAAAGAU